AUUGGUUCUAGAUAGAUGAGUAACUUUAAUCAAUACAAGACUUAUAUUUGGCAUACUAUUUCAAAUGUGAGACUAUAUCUAUACCCCAAAACUUAUACAGGACUUAUAAAGAAAGAUAUAUCAACUAUUUAAUACAGGUUAUCCCCUUAAUCUUCCUAAAACCAUGUCUGUGCUUAAGGUUAGAUGAGGAUUCAACUACAAUCACAAGAUAUAUUAGUCAUUAUGUAUCCAGUCAAUGGGAACUGAGCUUCUGUGUUUUUUGUUCUGUUAUGAAAGCAAGUGAUAUAGUCAAAGUCAAAAUAAGAGGCGAUAUCUGUUGAUGUUGCUGUUGAUCAAAAAUUCAAUUUCUAUAUGAAGAAAAAAAAAAGGGGUUGCGAUUGACGACAUGACAAAAAAGUUUGGCUAGAAAAGCUAUACGUUAAAUUAAAAGUUUUUCCGACGACUCUGACUUGAUGGUGACCACAGGAAUUGUAUGGCUACAAAAUUCAAUGAGAGUUGAGAGUUGUACAAUUUUCGUUCACCUUCCCGAUAACAGCCCAAACUACAAUCAAUAUUCUAAAGUGUAUUGAUUUGUAUGAAAGAGAGAUGAGGGAGUGUUUCCUCUUUCGUUCUUAUCAUCUUCUUUGCUGUUUAUUUUUGCUAUUUAGACUAUGUUCUGCUGUUAACAGCUUAAGACCAUUGGAGCCCAUCAGUGAUGGCAGAACAUUGGUCUCCCAAAAUGGAAGCUUUGAGCUUGGUUUCUUCAGUCCAGGAAGUUCCAAGAAUCGUUACUUGGGAAUUUGGUACAAAAACAUUCCUAUUCAAACAGUGGUUUGGGUGGCAAACAGGUGCAAUCCAAUAAGCGACAUGUCAGGAGUAUUAACUCUAAACAACUCUGGAAAUCUUCUUCUGCUGGGACAGAACAAAACUAUCGUUUGGUCAACAUCGACGAUCUCAUCAAAACUAGCUCAAAAGCCAUAUCUUCAGCUUUUGGAGUCUGGAAAUCUGGUCAUAGGGGGUGAGGAAAACAGAACCCCAGAAGCUUAUUUAUGGCAAAGCUUUGACUAUCCUUCUGAUACACUGUUACCUGGAAUGAAAACAGGGUUCAACGUGAGAACAGGCCAUAAGUGGGUUAUAUCAGCAUGGAAAAAUGCAGAUGACCCUUGUCCUAACGAUCUGACUUGUGGGAUAGAGCCUCAUGCCUACCCUGAACUAUCAAUCAGAAAAGGAGACAAAGAGUACUAUCGUCAUGGCCCAUGGAAUGGCCUUCAUUUCAGUGGCACACUUCAUUUGAGGCCUAACCCAAUUUCAGAAUACGAAUUUGUGCACAAUGAUGAAGUUUUUUUCAGGUACCAUCUGAAAAAUAUGUCUGUAAUCUCAAGAAUGGUCCUGAAUCCUACAACUAGCACCCGUGAACGACUUCAAUGGAACGAUGCAGAGAAGACUUGGAGUCUUUUGUCUACAGCUCCCACAGACUACUGUGAUAGCUAUGCGUUGUGCGGAGUCAAUGGAAAGUGUGCUAUAAGCUCUAGCCCGGUCUGCCAAUGCCUUAAAGGUUUUAGGCCUAAGUUUCCGGAGAGAUGGAACUCACUCGUUUGGGCUGAUGGUUGUGAAAGGAAGACUCCACUGAGCUGCCAGGACAAAGAAAAAGACGGGUUCAUCAAAUUUUCUAACAUAAAAGUUCCAGAUACUAAGCAUACUUGGGUCAACUGGGGUAUGGAUUUAAAGGAAUGCAGGGCUAAAUGCUUGAGUAACUGUUCAUGUGUGGCUUAUUCUAACACAGAUAUCAGAGAAGAUGGUAGUGGUUGUGCUAUCUGGUUUGGUGAUUUAAUUGAUAUUAAAGAAAUUCCUGGGGGUGGCCAGGACGUAUAUAUACGAAUGCCAGCUUCUGAGCUAAGAGCAAAAGGUGAUAGGAGAUUUAAAGCAUUAAUCGCUGCAAGUGUUAUUGGAGCAGUUUGUGGGAUCCUAAUAGCUGGCUAUUUCAUUUGGAGAAGGUUCUUAACAGCCAAAAGUAAAAGAAUAAGGGAGGGAAAAGGUGAUAAAGAAGAAGACAUGGAGCUUCCCCAGUUCGAUUUGUCUACCAUAAUUAAGGCCACAGACAAUUUCUCAGAAUACAAUAAGCUAGGAGAAGGUGGUUUUGGUUCUGUAUACAAAGGAAAUCUAGAAGACCGGCACGAAAUUGCAGUGAAGAGACUCUCCAUGAGUUCAGGGCAAGGAGUCAAAGAGUUUAAAAAUGAAGUAGUGCUAAUUGCUAAACUUCAGCAUCGAAAUCUCGUUAAACUUCUCGGUUUCUGCAUUCAGGGAGAAGAGAAGUUGCUAGUUUAUGAAUAUUUGUCCAACAAUAGCCUUGCGUCUUUUAUCUUUGACCAAAUGCAAGCUAAACUAUUGGAAUGGCCAAAACGCUUCCAAAUUAUAUGUGGUAUUGCCCGGGGGCUUCUGUAUCUCCAUCAAGAUUCAAGAUUGAGAAUAAUACACAGAGAUCUCAAAGCAAGUAAUAUUUUACUUGAUAAUGAGAUGAAUCCUAAAAUUUCAGAUUUUGGCAUGGCUAGAACUUUUGGAGGGGAACAAAUAGAAGGAAAUACAAAUAAAGUUGUUGGAACAUAUGGUUAUAUGGCACCGGAGUAUGCUUUCAAUGGCUUAUUCUCUACUAAAUCCGAUAUAUUUAGCUUUGGAAUAAUAGUUUUGGAAACUAUAAGUGGACAAAGAAGUAGAAUGUUUCGUCCUCAGAAGGACAACCUUACACUUACUGGACAUGCAUGGAAGUUGAUGAAAGAAGGCAGAGAAAUUGAGCUACUUGAUGAGUGUUUGAGGGAUUCACAAAAUUCGAGUGAAGUUUUGCGUUGCAUCCAUGUUGGUCUUUUAUGUGUGCAACAAAAUCCUAUGGACAGACCAAGUAUGCCAUCUGUGGUUAUGAUGUUGGGUAGUGAGAGUGUGUUGCCUCAGCCCAAAAAACCAGGCUAUUUCAUGGAGACAGAUCUACCCAUAGAUGGCUAUUCCAAAUCAUUUCUAACAAACUAUGUGACCAUGUCAAUCCUCGAGGCUAGAUGAUUACACUAUCAAUUAAUCAACGAAGAAUAUGAUCACAUUUUGAUCAUACUUUGUUGACUUUCUUGGCAGAAAACGACAUCCCAUUGUAAUUUAUUGGAAGAACCGGUUGCCGUUUUGUCAAUUUUCAUUAGCCAAUGGCCAUGUCUUUUAGUCCAGUAAGAGAUGCGAUGUAAUAAUCAAUAUUGGAUAACUGAUGUGUCAUUUCAUUUC